CGGGCGCGGCGCAGCGGCGGGCGCGGGUCUGGCGGCGGCCGGUGUCGAGGGUUGUUUUUCCAGUAAUUUGGACCUUUUUGAAGCACCUGUUUGCCUAAUGCCAUGAAUAUUGCAGUGAACAAUGAGGAAGAAAAAGCUGUCCAUUCCUGGUCGAGAAUUUCCUCUGCCGGACAAAAAGUGCUGGAGGAGGCCCUCCGAGUCUUCAACCCUAUGUCCAAGGACCUCUCGGACACAGAGACACAGCUGGUGGCCUUCAUCCAGGGCCUGAAGGAGGAGGGCUACCAGCCCACGAUCCUGAGGAGUAAGGAUGUGUACGGGUACAGCUCGUGCACGGCAGACACCCCAAGUCAGACGAAGGAGAGCAGCCCACACAGCUGUGUCAGCACCAAGUCCGCGCAGAGUCCGGCCCGGAACACCACAGCCAUGGCAAAGGUGUCUGCUUCACCCACCAGCAUUCCCGUGAGCUCUCUGAAAGUCUCCGCUCAGCCUGUCUCCAAAGGGGAUUCCAGGAAUCUCCUGUUGAACUCUUUGAAGCAGACAGGGUCUGGCACAUCCAAGGCAGCGGCAGUGGGCUUCCCUACAAACAUGUAUCCCGACGUGUAUCCAGCCGUGAGACUGUCUGUGGUUCUGGAAGCCCUGGUGCCACUGAAAACCACGACGUCCUGUUUGGAGUCCAAAUACACGCGAGGGCGGCUUGGGAUCUCGCCCUCAGACCUUAAACUUCUCAAGAAUUCCAGUCCACCAAGGCAGUUUCCUUCAGGCAAGAGCACUAAAAUAACUGAAAGCAAGGGGUACAAGCAUUUGGUGAAGAAAGCACCAGAUUCUGCCACCCACGCUUUAAACCUCCUGAAGGGACCAAAGGGUGGAGUGCUGCAGGAGAGCAACGCCUGCAAGGCCUCGGGAAUUCUCAACGGGAGGGUCACAGGCAGCUCAUCCCAGGGCUCCACCACAGCACCGCAGCCCAAGACCCUGAAAAUCAAAGAUAAGGAAGCUCUGGUAGGAAAAACAGAGUGGAAGGACAGCAGCAGUUACCGGGAGAGCGCUGGGCAGAAGAAGAGAAGAGCCACAGAGGCAAGAGAAGCACCGCAGAGGAAAAAAGCAAAUACCAUUCCUGUCCAAAAGAAAACUAGACAGGCUCAGAGCACUUUGAACCUACUGAAAUUCCGGACCAUCAAGGUGGGCAACUCUUCCUCUGAUGAUGAAGUGAGGAGGAGAGCACAGAAGAUUCUUAGGGUCAACCUGUCCCCCGUGAUUCGAAUUCAGCCCUUGUCCCACUCUCACAGUGUCCCCUGAGUUUCUUCACUGUCACUUUUUUUUUGUAAGUAAGUAAAUAGGAGCCUGGCACCAGAGCGCGGAGAAGUUUGGGAGCAGCUCUGUGUCUCUGGUGCUGACAUGCCGACUAACCUGCAGGCAGAGCAGCUGCUCCCGUGCUGUUCUGCCUGUCUGCCACUGCUGUGCAGGACUGGCUGCAGAAGUCCAAACCCCUGUUUGGGAACACGGGAUGGUGACUCCGGCCAGCGGCGAGCCAGGCAGGCCGGAGAGCUCACUUCCUGCUGAGCUUCCCUGGACGUGGCAGGCUGAGCUCUCGUGCAGGGGAGAACAUGGGACUUUCUCAUGACAUCGAUGCACUGUGAUAUUGCUCUUUUUCAAGCUGUACAUUUACUGGUUUUAUUUUGAUCAAAUUUUAUAACUUUAUUAUCUAUAUAUCUAUAUAUCCAUAUAUGUGCAUAUGGCCCAGGAACUGUGGGAAGAUGCACUUCCUCCAUCCCUCUGGGAUAGGAUUCAAUAGCUUUUGUUCCCCCUCCCCUUCAGCCAGGCUUUUGUUGAAAGGUGCCAGGAUUCCUUUGUGGUUCAGUGUUGUGACAGUCUGUCCUGGGCUCCCUCGAGCAGCUCAGAGGCAGCAACGUUAUAGCCACUCGUUUGUCUCCAGAAUGCCAAGCAAUUUGGAGAAUUACCAGCUGGUAGGUUUAAUCCUAUUUUCGGUAUUACCUCUGCAUAGCAGUGGGGGAGUGUCACGGGGCCUGACGUCUGAAGGUGCCUCCUCCCUUUGUUGGUAGCAGAAGUUCUGAACUCAUGGUAGGGAUUUGCCUCCAAAGAGCGAUUCCUCCUCAGCACCCAGCAUUGCCCCACUCUCCUGUAUCCCAGAUACAGCCGUAAAACAUGGACUGUGACUGUUAAAGCCAAAGGGCUGGAGUUGUGUAAAGUGUCCUGCCCACCACAUAACUGAAUUGCUGUUGCUGGGUGUUUCAGGAGCAGGUUCUAGAUGCCGGUAGUGAAGACUUGUUGGUUUUGGCUGGGUUAAAUCAUGAUAAAGACACAGGCUGUGUUUGAAUGUAUUCGCUACAUCCUGCCGGUCUCAGAGCUCAGUGGGAUAUCUGAGCCUGAGUUAAAGCAGAAAAGCGAAAGAGGUGAGAGGACACGUGCCAGCUCUUAAACAUAGAGAGUUGCUUUCUCUUGGUUUGUGAGGGUGAAGCAGUAGGAGGGGAGGUGGGCACUGUGUUGUGAUGGGAGCGGCUUUGCUGUGCCGUCAGGGAUGUUGCAAGGAGGUGUGUGUCAGGUGUGAAAGCUCUGCUGUCCCCAGGAGGCACUGUGGAACCGCUGCAGCACCAGGGGCAUGCUGUCGGAUGGGAUCACAGGCUUCACAGGAAGGGAUCUGCAAGCUCCAGGAGAAACACCUCGUUGGAGCAGUAGGUGCUGCUGCUGUCACAUAGGAGGGGCAACCUGGUGGCUUGGGGAAAGGAAGCAGCAUUGAGCUGGGCAUGGACCUGGCUCAGAUCUCUGCAGCAGUGAGCCUGUAAUCCACUCAUUCUCUCACCAGCUCAAAAUACUAGUUGUCUGACCUAGUAAUCUCUGUGGACAUUGGCUGAAGGGAUGAGCUCCCCAGGGAAGCCCCAGCUCCUUAUGUUUAAGCCCCCACGAGCACCUGGUUGGAUUUCAGUGGUUUGUAAAAGGGGUCAAUGUCUGAUCUCCAGCUCAGAGAGGAAGACCAUGGCAUGGAGAGAAGAGAGAAGGUUCAUAAUGGGGUAGUAGGGCAGGGAAUUUGAGUGUUCCAAGGUGCGUCUGUGUUCUCCCCUCUCACCCAGGUAGAGCAGGGUGGAGGUUCUUCAUUGAGCAACCUGGUCUAGUAGAAAGUGUCUCUGCCCAUGGCAUGGCAGUUGGAACAAGAUGGUCUUUCCAAUGCAGACUAUUCUGUGAUUUUAUGAUUCAGGGCAUGAUUGCAGGUCCUGAACCCCACACUUAGAUUCUGAGUUGCUGUCAGAGAUCAUAACUUGCAGUGUUUGAGACUGACCUGUGAAUGCCGCUGCUUGUCAGCAGAGGAGGAGGAAAUACUUCUUUCUGCUUCUGUGUUUUGAAAUGUCCUGGCAGAGAGUCCCCUCUCUUGACCUGAUGCUGGAUGAGCAGGGACCCUCCAUCACUGUCAACUGGCCAAAAAUUGCUUUGUCCCUUUUGUUCCCACUCCUUCAGACCUUUCUCAUUCCCACGCUCUCAAAUGCCAGGUCUUGAAGUCCUGCACUGGCGUUUCUCUUUUUGGCUGUUUCCCGAGGAGGGCUCUGAACUCCUGCCUGCAGUAUUGCUGUCUGUCAGGCUGCUCAGCAGCUUCCCCUGUUCCCAGACCCUUAUAAGGGCACCAAGAGCUGUGUCUGGAGCCUGCUCUUGUGGCACAGACGUCCCAGCUGAGUGCUUGGCCUCCUCUGGGGAAAACAACGUGCAUCAACAAGGCUGAAUUUGGGUCGAGGUUGCUUUUCCUCUAGCCUGAGCAGGAAGUUGAGCACCUGAGGCCAACUUAGCAGGCCACAUCCCUCCUCUUCACUUUGUGUCUUCCCCCAGCUGCAUUGCUGCCUGCCUCCCCACUCUUCUCCAUCACCUCUUGUCUUUCACAGCUUGGGUCUUUGCCAGUCAAGGACUUGGCUUGUACUUGCUGCUUGACACAUCCAGCAGAGCAUCCAGCCUUAGUGCUGCCAUGCCUUUCCCAGCGUCGAGCUGAGUGCUGCACAUACUUAGUAAUGACGGCUUGCCCUGUAUCCUUCCCAGGCCACCAGCAAGAGGUGAUCUGCUCCACAGGGAGAGGCAAGCUUUGGGAAACACCUCUGUGUCACCGAGACUCCUGCCAGGGAAGUGAGCACUCCAUAGCUUUGUGCUCAGAGACCUGCCCAUCACCAGUCCUGUCUCUGUCAGCUCUCUUACGCAUCUCUGACAGACCACAGGGCCCUGAGCGAUGGGGCAGUGCUGGAGCUCCAUCCUCUACCCUCCUGAUGUCACCUGUUACCCCUGGUAGGUGUUUCAGGAACUCAGCCGAGAGGAUUGCAGCUUGUUAUUCACAGGGGGGCUUUGCAGCCCCUAGUGCCAAUGCCAGUGACUGCUGCCUGUCAGCUGGUGCUGGCAGAGCGAGUGCCUCAGCCUAGUGGGGGUUGGCUCCUCUGUCCUUUGACUCGUGCCCAGGUGUGGAUGCUCCUGGUGUGGAUGCUCCUGGUGUCCUGGGCCUGCAACACUGAUGUGCAGGAGGCUGCAGAGGGGCUGUGCCAUGGACACUGCUGUCUGGUGUUUAGGGAAGAUGAAGGGUUUGAUCAAACCAGGGCUGCCCAAGACCUGAUCUAACCAGAGAUCUCCCCCCACAGGUCCCUUCUGCCCCAUGUUACUUUGUGGCAGCAGUAACUGGCAAGGCUCAUGGAAAUGUGUUGCCCAGAGCGCUGUGGUCUCUGCUGAGUGUGUGGUAUGCACCUUGUCCAGACCUGUUUCUGUAUUAGUCACUUUGAAUCCAAGUGCCUAACCUGGCCUGUGUUGUUCUGGGCACCAUGACAGCCGAGAGCUUUGGAGACUCUCUUAGGAAUGCUUUUAACGCAUGGAUUUGUGCCACUGUCGCUUCUAGAAAUGAUUCGGCCAGCGGUCAAAGGGCUGUUCUUCCGACUGAUUUUUUUGGAAAUCAUUUCUCCUUUUAUUCAGCUGCCAAGAAGCAGUUUAUGCUUCCCCUCCACCAGGCAAGGCCCUUGAGCUUCCUGCAUGCUUCAGAUGUCCGUCAGCGAGGUCUGUGGGGAGAGCAGCUUGUCCAGCAGGCAGCUGAAGGGGAAGCUGACAUCAGAUACCAGUUGAAAUCACAAUGUUAAUUGGUAGAAAUGUUUUGAAGCUUAUGUCCACUGUGAUCAGAUUUCACCAUCUGCCACUGCUUUUAGUUGGAGAAGUUUCUCCUUAGCCUCUUUCCUGCAAGCCCUGUAGUGUGGUGCUGCUGCUUCUAAACUAUUUGCAUCCCCCCCUGAGCCAGCUGCUGUAGCAAUCCUUGUACAGAAUUUCUUAAGCACUUUUCUGCAAAACAAGAAGGGAUUAUUUUGUUACUCCUGCUUGGCAGUCCACUAGUGGUAUUGCAGUACGAGGAGGAGGUGUGCUCUCUGGAGCGUUGGGAGCACUCACCUCACUGGCACUUCUCAGACCAGCUCACACUAACAGGGCUGGGGGGCAGUGGGCUGAGAGCCCUCAUUGCCUGGUGCUUCCUUGCAUGGAGUUCAGCCAGCUGCCAGCUAAGAGCAUUGCAGGGAAAUUGGGAGCUGAACGGCACAAGUGGGUGAUGCUGUGCAUGCGGCUCCAUGGCCCUGCCCCACAGCUGCCCUCGUUUUGCUGCCUGUCCUCCAGGCCCUCCUCAAACACCAGCAGCACUUCUCCACCUCAGCUGUAGCUAUGGCAGGAGGGACUGGAGGGUUUUGGGCUUGAGCACAGGGGUUGUGCCCUUUUAGUUGUGACUUGUGCUGUGUUCGUGGCCAAACUUUGGCAGCAUGUGGGAGGUGCAGCCACUUCAGCUGUUCUUCCCCCUUGGAUCCAAAUUCCCUGCCCUGUCUGGGAGCUGGGCCUUUGGCCAUGACUCAAGGGAUGAGUGGGGACAGAGAGUGGGUUUGUCUCUCAGUUCCAGCUAGGCAGCGUGACAUGAGUUGGGCAGCUUCUCAGGCAAGAGCGCAGGUUUAGGUUGGAGAAUCCUAGUUUUAGCCAUGGUUGGCAGGUGCCGAGUUGUGGAGCACCGGCUGCUCAGCCAGGCUGGUUGGUUUGUGUGGUUUCUUUUUCAGAAUUCAGAAUGGCACUGGCCUGUUUACUCCUGGGGAUGGCCUUUUGGGAGCUGAGGUGGCCUGAGGAGAGGACAGCUGCUCUGGAACACCUGGCACCUUCCUGACAGUGCUGCAGCCCUUGGCUUUGCCAGCUGGGUGGGCUGGCACCACCUGUGGGGAGGGCAGCAGGGCAGGUUACUCGUGGGCCCUCAUAUUUGGGACUCUGUGCUAGAGAGCACCAUGCUGGGGUUUCCCUCUCCUCGCAGCCUAUUCCUGCCUGGAGCUGGGUGCCGUUAGGAAGGUGUCAGGUGCCUCACAGAGAUCUUCUCCCAGAAGGCGUGAGAGCCGGCCCUCAUCACUGGGUCAUCCCUUGGUGUCGAGUGAACCCUGUCUAUAGAUGUGACACUGCUGGAACUUGCAGCUUGGCCAGCUGCUGCCUCCAAAGCUGUGGUGCUGAGGCCAGACCUCUUCCUUUUCUUAGGAACAUCAAGGAGGUCUGGUGAAAAAGCGGGAAGCUUAGGGGAAGCUAAAGACGCUGGCAACGCCUGGACAGGCAGCUCUGUGUCUGCUGCGGGAGAUGUGCAAAUGGAGGAGCCAGAGCUGCAGUGUCCACACCACUGCCUCCCCUCCACCCCUGCCUGGCCACAGAGCCUGCCCUGCUGACAGACUACACUGGUGCUGCAGGUGAGGGGCGUCCUUUUGCAGCAGGUGCCACUCCUAACCCUUGGUUUCCAUCCUUUAUCGGUUGCACAAUCUGGCCCCGCAUGGGUGGCAUCUGAAAUACCUUCCCCAGGGAGUCCCUUAAAGGCCUUAUUAUCCUCUGGGAUUCUCUCCUUGUUGUCUUAAUUAGCCCUUUCUGUUCUUGUGUUCCUGUGGUUGCAGGCAGCCCCUGUGAGUGUCUGGUGAUUCCCACAGACACAGGCACAUGGUGCUGUUUUAAAAGAGAAGGUGCUGCAAAGCUACUCCCAGAAAUACCUCCCCUCCUGCCCCCGCUCCGCUGCACUGCCCAGGCCUGGGUCAGGACAAAAAGCAUCAGCAUUCAUGGCGGGGGAGGCACGGUGUGUGACACCGUCCCUCCUGGUUCCCAGUGCCCCACUCCUGAGGAGUAGGGUUUCCCAAGCAGAGGCACGGCAGCCACUCCGAGGGACACGGGGGUUUUGGGUGGGCACUGCCUGGCCCCUCGUGCUCCUCUCUGCCAACCAUUAUCUCCAAGAGAGCCAUCUCCACGCCCGCAGCAUGACCGACCCACUCUGGCUGGGACUGGCGGCAUUCCCUGGUGUUUGGGGAUCCCAAGCAAUGGCUGAGGAGCAGCAACUGCAGCCUGUGGAAGGGCGAGUAACAAACUUUGUAUGAUGAUUUUACAACUGACCAUCUUGUUCUUGAGUGAACUUUUUACUGUUUCAUUUGCUUGUGUAGAAUGUUUCCGAAGUUCUAAUAAUAUUUAAUGUUAAUAUGAGGCUGGGCUGUUCCACACUCUGUGUUGUAUAUUUUGGAAUGGCAUUGCUUAGUGAAAAGACAGCGUUAGUAGUAUUCUGCUCUUCAGAGGGAAUGGGACAAAAAACAGACUGUUGUUUUUCUUAAAUGAAGUGAACUUUUUGUUAUGAAGUCCUAGCAGGUGUCCAGCCCUUCAGUAAAAUGGUGCUCAGAACCA